CGCUAUUCCAUCUCCUCGAAUACCUAAUCUUCCGUCCGUGAUAGUGCAAUACCAUUAAUUUAUGAUGCAGCAAGUCCGACUGACCUAGCAAAAUGGUACCUGCCUGUUGGCUUUCCCGCUACCAUUCCCCUUUACGACUAGGCCCCCUGUCCCCACACCCUCCUUUCCCCUGUUCCUGGCACACCCCACCUCUCAUCCAUUCCUUCCUUCGUCUUUUGCUCUGGGGCGCCCUGUCAAUCUAAUUCCCCCUUCAUCGUUAUCACCAAAUUUCUCGUCCUACUCAAAAUCUCGAGAAUUUGUUGGUUCCAUUGGCUCAGACACGCCUCGUCCCUAAACGGUUUUCUUUCCCGUCCUCUCGUUUGUUAAACUUCAUUCAUUCUUUUCCCAUCCGUUCAUUACCUUACUCCCAUUGACCGUUGCCCUUUGACACGCCUUGGUACCUGUCGGGAUCACGAGUCUUGUACCGAUCCAGUGGUACCCCGGAUUGAUGAGAUCAAAUCAAACUGCCGGCCAGCAAGUAACCAUUUGACAAUCCUGCUCCGACACGAUCGACUCGCACCCUGUGACAGCACUCUCCCUUGAGAUCCGCAGACCACAGUCAGACCAAACCAAACAAGGCCUAUUCGACUCACCACUCGCUCAAGCUUCUAGCAGAAAUCUCGGUUGUUUUGCUUUGUUCAUUCUCUCCCCGAGUCUGAGACAACCUCCUUUAUCCAUCAAACUUGCCUGAAUCGUUUCCAUUUCUGGACUCAACAUCCGACCCGUUCUUGUUUAACCUAACUCGGGCACCUGCGUUUUCCUCUUCCCUCUUACAAGAAGAACUCAUCUGCUGUCGCCCGCUUUCGGCCUACAAACUUGCCAUACUACAUCCAGAUUGCUCCACGAGGCUCUUGAACGACGACGACCCCGACGACGACAACCCUGACCCGCGAAUACAUCGAGUACGAACAAUCUUGCCUCGCGUACCCUGUGUGACUACCGAGCCACUUAGCCCGAAUCGAUAUUGGUCUCUCACAUCACCAGAGGCUGGCACACAUAUUCUGCCACUACGGUUUUCGUCAAUUUGACAUCUGCAGUGUUUGAAGCAAGGUUGGUAUAGUUGCCAAUCUAGUUCGACCUAUAUCACCUUCAUCAGUUGUGAUGAAUUAAACGCCUACAUCUCCAACGACACCAAACAACCGAGGCAAAAAAUAACGGUUCAUCCUCGGGAUUUGUCUUUCAUUAUGAAUAGGUUCAGAGGCAAGAAGAAGGGCAAGGAUGAUCACGAGGCUCCGCGGCCAUCGAUUGAGUCUGAGUCUUCUAGCCCCUUUAGAAUGUUUGGCAAGAAAAAGGCACAGGAAGAGGAACCUAAAAAGGAGAUUGAUCUCGCUACAGCCCUUCCAUCGACUGAUGAUUUUCGAACAAGUCUUCUGAUGACCAACCUUUCGGCACGAUUCUCUAUGUUGCGCGAGCAAGAUGACCCAAACACCAAGGUUGGCAAAGCUAGUGACGAUAGUGUUCUGUUCCCUAAAAGACAAUCGAGAAUGAUGGACUUUGGUUUUGCUGCAGGGUUGGGCGACAUUGCCGAGGUCGAGUCUAUUCGGGCCCCCUUUGCACGCUCAUCGAUGCAGUCUAAUGAUGAUACCGGUUCAACAAACGGGAGUAUGAUGGGCCGGUCGAAACCAAUUGAAGGAAACAACUUGUUUGGAGGUCGACAAAAGGUUUACAAAAUCGGCACCGGAGGGAACAAAGGGGCUAUGAGUGGCCGUGUUCUCUAUGGCGACGAUGUCGCCCAGUCAGCUUUCCAGAAGUGGAGGCAAUCUGAAAAGGAUAAGCAGUCAUUUGAAGACCUGCAGCAAGAAGAUUUAGGUGACUUAGAAAAUGCUCGACCAGAGUCUCCUUCUCAAACCGAGUACAACCGAAAAAGGGAGACAAACUCAACAACAUCGUCUGGUCCAUCUGCAGCUCGGGACUCAACAGCCGCCACAUCUAUCACCUCAUCUUCAGUCAAGGACCGGGAGUCCUUCGUGCGCACAUCUCGGACUGUUAGCCCAACACCACCAAUGGAGCGAAGCGUGACCAGAACCCGUCGUCUCUAUGAGCAAAGCUUGAACCAGGAUCUCCAAGACCAACAGUCAUCUGCUCUCUCAAGAAUCGAUACGCUUACAAAGCGAACACUCGGCAGCAGAACUCCAGAUCUGACACCUCCUGUUCCUUCCCCAGCAAGCGCAACAUUUGGUGAUCGUUUCAUCACUCGAUCGGUCCUGGCUAAGGCUAGUGCCCCUAACCUACGAUCUUUCAGCCCUCCAUCGCAAAUGAGUCCUGUAGACUCGAUGAACAAAUUUCCCAGCAUGGACCAGAAGGCCUUCGGUGCUACACCCCCUCUCAGCCCCCCCAUUAGUGAGACAGGGGAGGCUCAGCCCUUUGAUCGAAGCAGAAUUAUCAGCAGGACCAACAGUCAAUAUGAUGAAUCAAGGUUCGCCCAACGGCAAAUGCAAAUGCAGCAGGGUCGCGAAACUCCCACGAACCGAUUCCGCACUGAUUCCAACCCCUCACUGCCAGGCACUCGAUCUAGGUCGUCUUCUGCCCACCGUCCGCAAAUGGAAAGGAACGAAUCUGGGUCUUUCCAGACUGAGCCAACCGUCCAGGAAGAGUCACAACAUUCAACCUUUUUUGAUGACGAUGAUGACCAGUCUAUCGUGGACGAGUCACACCUUCAACCUAUCUUUCCUCUUCAAGUUAAGGUUGAGAAGCCAGCUGAUAAUGAGCACCCUGCCUUCAGACGCACUACAGUACCAACGCCUCUAGUGGUUUCUGAAGGAACUGGAGUUGCGCCAGCUAACUCAACAGAGCAAUUGCCUAAGGACUCGCCUACUUUGGGACCUACCUCUGGUGGACUGAGCGGCAUGGUCAGGCAGCAUCUUCGACAAGACAGCGGGGCCUCCUCAAUCUAUGGAAGCUUACCCAACGAUGUUGACCUGAGCUCACGAUUCCCUCCCGAACGCCCUGAUGCACACACCUAUGAGCCCAAGACGGUCGAUUCAAACGCCUGGGAGUCGAUUGAGAGAGACUUGGCUAUGUCAAUUGACGGUAGCGUGACUAGUCCUACUAGAUCGUCUGGUUUGAUGGAGGCCCAGAUAUUGUCUAGACCCGAAUCCACCCAAAACCCGAAACAACAAAUCAACCCCCAGCCAGAAGAGGAGACAGAUGACUUUGCCCGUCAUCUUGCCGACGGUGCGCGACGUGUCAGGGAGAGGCUCACUUCUUUUGUCGAAGCUGAUAGCAGCAUUUCGUCACCAGAACCUCCGCCUCUGUCUGAGCUUCCACCUCCACCUCGUCCGAACGCUUUGGGCAUCUUGAAAUCCAAGUCCAGUCGUGGCUCUUUGGUUGACAGAGGUCGAGGUGACAGAGAGAAUGGCAGUCAGUCCAAAGCGAAGAAGCUCCUUGGCCUCCGAGGCUCGUCGCCUGCCCCUGCCGCAAGUCCAUCCCGCCGUGGCUCAUUCGAGGCGAAUGAGAGGCUAACGCAGUCGCCUGAGCCAAGGGACGAAAACCUGCCAAGAGAUAGCGAGGAAAAGGAGGGUGUCCAUGCUGGCCUCAAGGCUUUCCGACAAGCCCGUCGGGAACUCCAAAGGAUGAAGGAACUCGAAGUUCAGCAACGACGCCAAGGACCCUCGAAGCCUCCUUCAGCAGGCAGAGAUCGAGCCCAAACUACGACAUCCCGACCACCAUCUCAGGAACGUAGACCACCUCCUCCUGUCUCAUACAAUCGAGUCCCUAGCGAAGAAUCGAGGGCCAAUGCUGGCUCACGCGCUGGCUCCCGCUCAGGAUCCCGAGCUCCCUCUGAACGUGAUCGAAGUGGCUCUGAAGCUAGCAGUGGAGGCAGAUCUGGUAGCCGACCGCCACGCCUUAGAAACGGAUCCGUGCCUCGCGAUGAUUACCAAGGGCCCAUGGGAUCUCCGGUGGGAGGCAAUGGCAAGCCUCGACAAGGGCCGAUGAUGAGAGCACCAAUAAUGCCCGGACAAGACAUGCGACGGUCACCACGUAUGCCGCCUCAACCAUAUCCCGGAAACGCUUCGCCCGGUCCCUUCAACCGUCCCGACAACAGCUUGCAUAUACAUCCUGUCUAUGGGCACGAUUCUGGUCACCCGUCACCAAUCUCGCCACUUAAUGGUGCCCCCUCGCCUCAUGGCGCACCUUCUCCCCAUGGAUUCCCUGGACCUGGCCCCGGCCCCCAGAGACCGUAUGGACCUCCUUAUCCGGGUGGAAUGAUGCGCAACCGAGAUAUGUCGGAACCUUCAAUCAAGCCGCCAGUGUCGCCCAUGGGUCACCGGGACGGCCUCCGACCUGGACCUGGACCUGGACUCAAUAGUGGUGCAGUCUCUACGCCUAACCUGCAUAGCAACAUGACUGCUCCUCCUUUGCCACCAAUCAACCCUCGACGCAAGAACACAGGAGCCACGCUCGCUGAAGGCACCAUGAGCGCUCAUCGCCGCCCUAUGAGCCCUAGUAUUGCGAACGAUCAACGUGGUGGCUUUCGAAGUGAUGAUGAAGAUGGCGCAGGGAUGAACCGCCAGAGAUUGCGCAAAGCCACUAGCGAGGCAAACGGUAUGAACGCACGAGCAAGAUCAAUGCAUCAAGCUCCUCCUCCGCCUAUGGCAGCACCACCUCUGCCUCCUAGCAUGAGCAGCAAUGCAGUUCCCGACGGGAUGAUUUAGCAGUGCAAACGAUGACUGUUUUCUUUAUAUUUCUUUCGAUUCUCUUAAUUCGCCUUUUGCCGACAGCAUGAGACUCAUGACCAAGAUACCUCACGGCCCUUUUCAUUUCAUAAACUUAAUCUCAGCGUCCUGAAUCAUCGAGCAGAGUCUUCGAUGAUAGGACCCCAACAUUCGUGUGUAUUUGUGGGGUGAACGAUUUGUCACUCCUUGUAUGUUUUCUUUUGGGGAUACUCCGGUCAUUGACGGAUGGAUGGUUGGAAUCUAGUAUCAGGCGCAAAUUGGCCCGGCUAGCAAGAGAUCGAGCAGGUCCUUGAUUCGAAUAGCUGGCGUCAGGCAGGGUGUGGAAGGAAAUGAUAUGUCAGGAAGCAGAAUGGAACGGAACAAGCGGGCAUGCAUUCAACAAGGCUGGGGAGGUGUUUGGUUUUGUACGUAUAGGAUUGGAAGCCGACGGCCAAAAGGCGUAGUGAGGAUACUACGUCAGUUUAUAAAACGUUGACCCAUGGAGAGUUUUCACCAUUUCAAAGGAUGGCCAUAGUCAAGGAAUGGGAAUAGGCACCAGGCCUGAAGUCAAUCAUUGUAGAUGAGAUAAAUAAUGAUGGUUACCUAGGUGUUCAUGUUGACAUGUCCAAUACGCAUGAGACCCCCCGCGAUUCUAGCGAACUCGCACAUGAGCAGCUCGGCGGCUUGUAAAUAACAGGUCACUAUCGAGACUUGUUCAAAAGACAGGAGGUCAGACUGUAGGACAUCAUAAGCUGUAGUAUCACAGCUACGAUAGAACAGUCUCACAACAUCAUAAAAUCAAGCUUUAUUUUAAAUUGUGCAAUAUUCCAAUUUUAUGUAUUGCUUCUAGGGUAGGCAAGCACCCCGGCCUGCAACUUUUGUGUCUCCCAAGCAGCCACUGGUACACGGCUGAUCUGACGGGGCAAGGUGAGGCUAUCAGCCUCCAUUUUUACUCACAAUCAAGGCUGUUGUUGUUGUUGUUUUCUGCGAUUAUUGUCGGUGCGACGUGGCAAUGUGGUUCCAACUUGUGGGCAUUGCAUUUCCAAACCAGAGAGAAGGGCCGACGUGAGGUUUACUAUAUUAUGUAACGAAGGGAAAUUUCGGGAGGACUGCUCAAGUUGUAGAUCGGGCGAGUCCGGGACAUGGCCCAGAAUUUGGGGUUAGUUUUUUCUGAAACAAGGGUCCAAUGGAGGGUUCAGCAGUGGCAAGUAAACCAAGAAUUGGCAAUCUGCAUUCAUGAUUGGAGCGUUUCAUUUCACGAUGGACUCAUCAAUUCAAAUCACUGGAUUAAGCGCCGGGGCGAAAAGAAGCCGAAAGUGGGUUGAUAAAACUUGGUAUUGAUUCUUGUCUCUGAUUCUCAAAAGUCAAGUCGCCCAAAAGAGACCGCGGGUAUCGAUUAUUGUUACAGCUGAAAAUCCGUUGCGAUUCAUUCCCCGUUAACCCCGAGACAAGUCCCAAAACGUAAAAGCAUAGAGUAAUAGAACGCCCAAAACCCGACGUCAUAUCUUUCCCGUGGCGCCUUCGCAUAAACACCCCUAAAGAGGCUGAAAGCAAAGCUUUUGCUGUUGGAGAAAGAGGAUAAUUGCUUGAAGAACCAGUCGCUGAGGUAUCAAUCAAGAACAAGUGAAAUGGUGAAUGUGACGACCAGGUCAUAGGUGUGAAUGGAGAAGAGGCAGAUUCCGGGCAGAAUAGAAGCGCCGUCGUUGAAGUCGUCAAAAAGUCGUGUCUCGUAUGAGCGAGGGUAUCCAGACUCUCAUCUCGCCAUGCUGUAGCCCUUUGUCAUGAUAGAGGUCCAGGCGUGUGUUGUGAGAGAAGAGAAGGAGAAUGCCGUCGAGACGCGUCUGUGGGUGAACGCUUUAGCACAGAGGGCAGUUGUUGCAUUGCUUGUGUCCGCAAGCGGUGCAGGUGGUGCUGAUGACAAUCAUGCCUCCACACUGGCAGCAGUACUCGUAGGCAGGCAUGUUGGUGAUGUUGGUUGGUGAUGGGGUUUUGUGGUGUUGAGGCGUUGGAGUGGUGUUGUAGAAGUUGAAGUAGUCCUGGGAUGGUAUAGUCUGGUGAUUGUUGAUGAAGAAGAGGGAGGUAGGCCAGCUUGGAAAUGGGGGGAAGACGAGGGAUAUAAAUAGUUGAGGAGGAGAGAGGAAGAGAGAAAGAGGCGAGGCCAGACAAGGCAGAGUAAAGCAACCCAACGGAAGGGGACACCCUCAGAGUGCUCGGAUAUGUUGAUCGGAAGUCAACGUCCAGUCCAAAAGAAUGGGGGUGAAAUUACUCUGGAGUUGGAAUGGGUUGGUUUCGGCAUCUUCUAAGACGGGUAGAGUCCACAUUCACUCGUUUCCAAUGCAGGUCAAUG